AGUCGGGCAGCGAGCAUCCAGACUCCACCGGUACACAAAACCACCAGCCUGAUCACCAGAGCCGGAGGAAAGGUCAGCCCAGUCCUCACGCUCCUACUUCCCGAGUCCCAAAACCAAAUCCACUCCCGUCGUCUAUUCUCAAACUUCGCAAUCCCGUGCGCUAUCCUAUCCAAAGCACCACAUUAUUUAUUCAUUCAGUCACUCGGCUUCGUCGACCAAAGUCCCAAAUCCCACUUCUUUUUCUCCUCCUCUCCGGCGGGCUUCCUCCCCAACCAAAUCCUUGUCCGGACAGUUACGGGCGCAGCGGUCGCGAGCGAGGAUGGUGUCCAAGAUCAAGCGGCUCCCGACCCUGGCCAAGGUGGCCCUGCUGCUCCUCGUCCUGCUCCUCCUCCUCGCCGCCAUCCUGCUGCUCAUCUUCCUGGUCCCGCGCCGCCGCACAUCGCCGCUGCCGCCCGCCGCGCCCCCGGGGCCGGCGGACAACUGCUCCGACCGCGCCGUGGCGUUCGACUUCUCCCCGUUCCUCGUCCAGUACAGGGGCGGCUGCGUCCACCGGAUGGACGGCACCGCGCGGGUCCCCGCCGGCGUCGACGCGGCCACCGGGGUGGUCUCCAAGGACGUCGUCAUCGACCACGGGACCGGCCUCGGGGCCAGGAUGUACCUGCCACCGAAGCUGGCGGCCGGCGGGGGCAAGAAGGAGAAGGACCUGCCGGUCGUGGUGUUCUUCCACGGCGGCGCGUUCGUCAUCAUGACGCCGUUCGAGCCCAAGUACCACGACUACCUGAACGCGCUGGUGGCCAAGGCGCGCGUGGUGGCGGUGUCCGUGGACUACCGCCUGGCGCCGGAGCACCCGCUGCCGGCCGCCUACGACGACUCGUGGGCGGCGCUCAACUGGGCCGCCAGGAACGCGGACGCCGGGCCCGAGCCGUGGCUGCGUGACCGGGGGAACCUCUCCCGCCUGUUCCUCGCCGGCGACAGCGCCGGCGCUAACAUCGCGCACAACAUGUUGAUGCGCGCCGGGAGCGGGAGCGGGCUGGAGGGCGGCGCGGCCAUCCUGGGCGUGCUGCUCCUGGACCCCUACUUCUGGGGAAAGCGGCCCGUGGGCGCGGAGACGACGGACACGGCGACGCGGCGGCGGUACGAGGAGACGUGGUCGUUCGUGUGCGGCGGGCGGUACGGCAUCGACGACCCGCUGAUCAACCCGCUGGCGGCGCCGGCGUCGGCGAUGCAGAGGCUGGCGUGCGCCCGCGUGGCGGUGACCACGUCGGGGCUGGACAACUUCGAGGCCCGCGGGGAGGCGUACGCCGCGGCGCUCAACGGCAGCGGGUGGCGCGGCGAGGUGGUGCGGUACGAGACGGCCGGCGAGCGGCACGUCUACUUCCUGGACCAGCCCGCCAGCCCCAAGUCUGCCAAGGAGCUGGCGUUCGCGGCCGCGUAUCUGAGCCGGGAGUAGGACACGGACGCCUUGGUGAGGUGGGAUGGGAUCCGUCGUGCAGUGCAGCAGUGCACGUGAGAUCGUGAGGAUUGGUUGAUGAUCGCCGUACAUGAUUGAUUAGCUAUACUCUGAUUAACUAUCACUGUAGUAUACUACAUACUGUUGCUUUUUGUUUCGUUGCUCUUCGAUUACGGUUCAUGGCGA